AUGCCAAUCCCAGCGGCAGCUGAUUCCAGAUCCUUGAAAGGUAGUUGCAGUUCGCUGAAGGUCCAGCAGAGGUCAGGCAUGCCGCACAUCAACGCCACCGAGCUGCAGUCGCUGCUGCUCUCUUUCCUGCAGCACUGCCUCAACGGCACAAGCCUCCUGUCUCCACAGUUGCAUCAGAACUCCACUGCGCAGCCGGCCGUGCACCACGUGGCCGGACCCAGGGCCCACGCUCAGUCCCAUGGCAUGAUGUACAUCCUCCUGGUGGUCGGCAUGUUCAGCUUCUUCACGUUCGGCAUCAUGUUCAGCUACAUUCGCUCCAAGAAGCUGGAGAGCUCUCAGGAUCCGUACCACCAGUACAUCGCCCAGGACUGGACCAAGGUGUCCGCUCCGUCCAGGGCCGUCGCUCGGGCGCUUCACAGGGACGCCGCGGGGGACGCAGCCGGCAGCCAGGAGCCCGUCGUCAUCCGCAACCCCGCAGCACUGGAGCAGCUGGAAGACGACACUCAAAAAAACGAUUCAAUCUGUGUUGGCGGCUCCUUUCUCAGCGCGCUCAACCUCUCGGGACAAACAGAAGUGAAGCAUUUGCAUGUGGAGCAUCGCGCCAUCUGUCGUCCGUUUGACGACAUGACACCGACCAGAGGAGGAUGA